UGACUCGUCGAUCGAAGCAGUUGCUCGCCUGAAAAAACAGUUGCAUAAAACGGCUUUAUGAGUCCUAGAACUUGUAGUCAUAAUUGUACUUGUGUUGAAAAUAUCGAUGUGAAAUCUGUAUAUAUUGCAAUUAAUUUUAAUAUGGACUGAAGCAGUUUUUUUUUUUCAAUUUGAAUAUGAGAAAUUACGUGCAACGGCUAUGCCAAAAGUGUAACCACUGUUCGUCACCUACUAUUACCAAUAGGCAAUUCCAACAGUGUUCAGUAUGGUAACAUAAUCGGAGUGUGUAGGAAAAUGCCGACUUUCAUUGGUACCACUACAAAAAAUAUACUCAGUGGACAACAAAAUGCGAUGGAGAUAUAAUGGAGCGGUGUGAAUUAACGAAGGACUAGUUCAGUUUGAAAACCAUGGAAGCAGUAAAUGAAGAAACAGAAACUGAAAUGAACACAGAAAAGAAGAUAUCUGGAGCAGGAUGGAAAAAUCUUGAGAAAGAUAUUUCUGAAAUUGUGAAGAAUGCUAUUGAACUAGCAGUAGAAGUUAUAGUUCAGAGGGAACAAGUGCAAGAAUUCAGGUUAAUGCAGACUCAUAGUGAUCAAGAAAGUUGUAGCAUCACUGAACAACAGAGGAAUGAAGAGGGCACUAGUGAGAUAGCACAAAGAUAUAAAGAUGAGGAAGUGAACAUUCUCACAAAGUACAUCCAGUCUAUUAAUGACAUGCAACCUUUAAAAGAAAGCAAGGAAAAGUAUUUGAAUGAUAGUUCAAGUGCAUCACUGCAAACCUUAGAAGCUUCUGAUGAAAGAUCCAAAGUGCCAGAAAUAAAUUAUUGUACUGUUAGUUCAAAUAGAAAGUCCUUUAACUCCCUUGAAACUGGCAAGAAUGUAGGUUUGGGUAUUUCUUCAAAUCAUGACAAAGAAUGCCUGCUACGCAGAUCUGUCUCAGAGCCUCUUGCUGAUCCUGGACAAGAAAGUACAAACAAUCAGCUACUGUCAGGAGCAUACAGUCUUGAGUCACUCAAGUUUGGAGAGGCACAGAGUGAAGACCUGGAACAAGAAAUGGAAAAAACCAUGCAGGUGAAUUUGUCAAGAGCUGGAAGACGCCUAUCAGAAUGGGACAAGAUGAGUAGCAGUAGCAUAAGUGAAGUAUCACUGGCAUGUCUACAGGAUCGGAUUAUUCAGAUGGAAGAAACACAGUACAGUACCAGCGAAGAGCUUCAGGCAACCCUACAGGAACUGACUGAUCUUCAAGAACAAGUAAGGGAACUGCAGGUAGAAAAUGAACAUUUAAGGGAUGAGAAGGGUGUCCUACUUGAGUCGUUAUGCUCACAGACUGAGAAGCUGGAAGAGUGUCGAGAACAGAUUUGUCACCUGAAACAGCUCUUGUUUGAAAAAUAUGAUGAUCCUUCUCUGGAAGUUACAGAGAGAGAGGAGAACUUAGUACAUCUGCUGAAGGCAGUACACAGUGAACAUAAACUUCUGAGUUUCAGUCAUGGAGAACUAUCCAGUACCAUGCAGACAGUCAAUCAAGGAGCAUUGGAGCAAGAGAAAGAGCUCCUGAUGUUGGAGAACCAUGUGGAGAUCCUCAAGUCUACAGUAGAAAGUCUAACAGCCAAGAAGAAGUUACUUGAGGACCAACUGUCAGAGGAUAAGGAGCUUAUUUCUAAUCAUCAGAUUGAAGUAUUGCAACUGAAACUACAGCUACAGAAUGAGCAACAAAGGGUGCAAGAACUCCAUCAAGAGCGAGAAGCCCAGGCAACCUCAGAAUUAGAAGUGAUGCUUCAAGAUGCUCGAGCAGACAAGGAAAAGGAAGAGGGAAAGGUUAUGAGGCUCCAAGAGCAGUUAGCACUUGGCCAAUGGGAGGUUGCUCGAUUAAAAGACCAACUCAUUCAGUCACAGGAGGAAAUCAUGGUGGUAAAGAACAAUGCUAAAACCCAAAUGUCAGACUUUCAGUACAAGCUACAAAUCUUGGAGGCAAACAAAGAGGUUUUGGAGAGAGAGGCAGCUCUUCUUCAAGAUGCUCUUCAACAGGCUGAAAUGAAAUAUCAGCAACAUCUGGAGAAUGAACGUGAACUCACAACAACAAUUGAAGAGUUACAGAAGUCUUUUGGUGACACAACAAUGCAAUUACAGGACACCCAGAAGGAACUAGAGUGUACUCUACAGAAGCAUGCACUGCAGUUUUUUCAGACAGAAGAAUGGAAGCAGUUUCAGGAUGAUUUACUAACAACUGUAAGAGUUGCCAAUGAUUUCAAAACAGAAACUCAGCAAAACAUGGAGGCUACUAUGGAGGAGAACAAAGAAUUGAGGAAGAAAAUCAAGAUCUUAGAAAUGGACAUACAAAAAUAUAAGAGUCGGGCACCAUCACGAUCCCCCUCACAUCAACGAAAAGAAUCAUUAAGAAGUCUGAGUAACCCCUUUCCAACAUCAGACAUCAGUAUUUUGCACUCCAUGGGACAAGAGUUAGCAUCAGUCAGGAAACAGUUGAACUCAACAAAACGAGGUGAUUACUAUAAUACUCAGCAACUCUCAGUCCGCAGCCUCAUAGAGUCUAUUGAGAAAGUCAAAGGUCCCACCACGCGGGUAGAAUCAUCAUCUGUCUCACUGUGCAGUGAUCAUGCCAAUACUAAAUCUCCUAGUCCUCAUAUGAUUGAUGGAAAAAUUAAUGAUAUAAUCACAAAGCAUGCUUGUCCAGAUAGUGGAGGAGUACUAACUGAUUCCCGAACUAAAAAAUCUACAGUGUCAGGUGAACCAUUAGGAACCAGCAGUGAAGGAUUGACUUUGACAAACUUCAGUACACCCAGUGAGCCACUGGCCACCCACCCAGUCUCGAUACUGACUAAUAAAGUGGACAGUGCCCAAAGAAAUAAAUGUGUACAUGGAGACACUCCAGAGAAGAAGGAUCCUUUAGCUGCAUUGAUCAAAGGAGGUGGCUCCAAACGAAAUGCACUGCUUAGAUGGUGUCAAAACAGAACUGUGGGCUAUCGGAUGGCAAUCCAGAAGUUGAAGAACAUUUUAGGAAGUUUGCCAAUCCUUAGAAUGCCAGACUUCAACAAACUGUUCAUCGUUCAGGCCGAUGCAUCAGACAUUGGAACUGGAGCAGUACUUCUGCAAGAACAAAGACGAAACUUCACACUUGCAUUCCAAGCAGCAGAGUCCAUAGGCAUUCCUACAACCUUGGAUAUCAAUGAAAUACUAGCUCAGGAGAGACCCGACUGGCAGUCGAUAAUGGCUUAUGUUACAGCCAUUUACAGACAUUUUGAAAACUAAACUUCCAUAUAUAACUGUGCAAAAAAGACUAUACAACCAAAUCUUUAAGGCCAAACAAAUUUUCCCAAAGUCUGGCCUGAGAAGCACACAGAAAAAAAUGUUGUGUGAAAUGAAGUGAAACAUCAGGAACUUAAAAAUGUUUACUUCUACAUCAUAUUUUGCACACAAAAAAAUGCUUAUUUAUAUCAUUCAAGUCUUGUCAAUUUCACUCUUUAAUACAAGUGUUGCUUAUAAUGAAAGGAUGCGAGAGAACAACUGUGUUAAUACAAUAUGGAUAUAAUAUUUUUGACAACAGUGACUAGUUUCAUGCUCAUGACACAGACACUGAAGGCAUUUUUAUUUGUGUUCAUCAGCUACUUUCCUGGUGUAUAAGACAAAAUGUGCAUGUGAUAUCAUGGUUAACCUACUAAAAACAAAUUAACUGAUUCAAGACAAUGUUUACCAUUUUAGGUGACAUAAUAUCUUGUAACAUUAUGAAUCUUGAAGUGUUCUGCUAAGUGUGUCUGUGUUGGUUAUACCUUUUUUCUACACUAAUAAGAAACAACAUUUUGUUUCAAGCCACCUCUUGGCUUUAUAACAGCAGUAACAUUUAUAUUGUUUAAAGUUGUUGAAGAGAAUCCACACACCAGCAAAAUGACACAGAUAAAUUUUCACCUUCAAAUUUACAAGAGGGUUGAUGCUAUUAUAGUAUUGUGUUGUGAAGAGUGUGCAAAAAAUAGCAAAAAUGUGUCAUAGAUAAGGUUUUACUUGCUGUUUACAAUGUUGAAGAUUCCACUAUUGUCAGCAACAGAA